GUUCUCUCCAAAGAACCUAAGAAUGGUUCUACAGACACCAACUUGACGACGACGACUAAUGUACAAAAAAGAGAGAUGAGUGGUCGUCGGUGUCGUGUAGUGUUCAGCUAUGCCCCACAACACGACGACGAGUUACCGCUCUGCGUUGGCCAGACGAUCGAGGUGUUACAGGAGGUGGAGGAGGGAUGGUGGAAGGGCGUGUUAGACGGACAGGUUGGCAUGUUCCCAUCAAAUUUUGUUGAAAGUCUGGAGGAAAGCGAAGGAGAUUCCAAGCAGCCUGAGUCAAGCUCCCUUGAAAAUAUCAACAAUCAGCUCAACAUUAACGGUGAAGAAAAAGAGAUUAAACCUAAGCCAAUCCAAGGGAUGGGGUAUGGGGUAAAGCUAACCGACCUCAAGAAAGACGUAGGGACAAAGAAGGACACUGAAGGACCCACCAGCAAUGGAUCGCCCAAGAUCCUAGGGUCUUCGGGAUCCUCAGCCUUCCAGCCUGUCAGCAAGAACAAAGAACCCCCUAAAGAAAAUGGUCAAGUAAAAGAUUUUAGAGAUCUACCUCACCGACUACCUCCUGCUCUCGAACCUAAAGGCGAUAAAAUCACCAGCAAAGUGGAUAAGACACGGAUCAAUUCUGCAGAUAAGGAGCGCAUCAAUUCCAUAGAAAAAGACCGGAUCACGAUAACCAUUGGAGAAGAAAAAAGCAAAGGUGAAACAGCAAACAGAAGAGAUGACCGACUUCCUCUACCCAGCACAUCACCACCACAAGUAUCACCACCUCAGCUACCUCCUAAACCUGUGCGGGAACUUGCCCGAGUCAUGUUCCCCUACACAGCUGAACACGAGGACGAGCUAGAGUUGAAAGAAGGAGACAUCAUCAUUAUAUUGUGCAAGGAGCUUGAGGAUAAGGGUUGGUGGCGAGGAGAACUAAACGGCCAAGUUGGUGUCUUCCCAGAUAAUUUUGUAGAGCUCAUUUCUCCAGAAGAAACGGCUAAACCACCAAGACCAGAAAAACCAUCGACUGUUAUAGGUAAAAAGGGGUCACCAGCCAGUUCAACAGACACGACUCCAACAGGCACUCUAAACAAAGCAGAUAAGGAACCUCCCCCACCACUGCCUGAGAAGAAAGUCCAACCGCCACCACCCCCAGAAAAGAAGCCGCUGCCUCAUCCGUCUUUGCAUACAUCAGAUACCCAUGACGGAAGUUGCUCCUCAAAGGACGCAUCAGAUUUAGUGAUGUCUAAAGGCUCCAAGAAGAAAUCUGAAGUCAGAGAAGACCUGAGCCUAACACUGGACACAAAUGGAGAGCCCCUAAAGCACGUGACGCACCUGAGGCCCAAAGGUCCCUCGCGGAGACGACCUCCAUCGGGGGUGUUCAAGGAAAACAUGAAAAACAGCGCUGAUUCUGAUACCCACCUCCCUCCCACACCUGAAGACGACCUCGAUAAUGACUCAAGUCACCAGCUGAACGGGCAUGUAAGCAACUCUGAACUUCCUCGCAGCCCGAGUGUUCCUGCCAUCUCCCCAACACCCCAGAAACCCACUAUGCGCUCAGAAGUUGCGCCUCCCCAAGCUGAUUCCGGAAGCACUGUCCCAUGGUUACAAGAGCUACAUUUGAAACAGAAGAAGAGACUCUCAGGUAUCAUUGUUGAUGGAGAAGCCUCAGCUGCUCCACCACCUGUAAUCUCUCCAAAGCCAGCUGUCUUGUCUCACAAAAUGGAAGACAAGCCCAAACCCCCUCGGCCAUCAUUGCCAAUGAGUGAAGCCGUCAAUUCCAGUGUUAAGAGACCUGUAGAGCCUCGCCUUCCCACACCCGACUAUGACAGCAAGGCCCCCAUCACGAAGAGCAAGCCUUUGCCACAGACACCAUUAACCAGUGUGCAGCCAGAGAAGAGACUUGGCUUGGUCACAGAUCAGCGAUCUUCAGGUCCAGCCAGUGAGGCAAAGAAGACUGGCAAAGAGAUUAAAAAGGGACACACUGCACCAAGUGCUGCUGAGGUUCCAAGUAAUUUAGAAGAGAAGAUUGAUGCUUUGUAUAAGGAUCUAAUACCAAAGAUAAAAUUAAUUGAAGAACGCAUGGAGGAACAGAAGAAGGAACAUUCUCGGAAAAUGCAGAUGCUGAUGAGUGACCUAGAUGAGGAACGCAAGAAACGAGCUUGUAUGGAAGUGGAAAUUGAGCGAUUAAAAAAGCUUAUCAAUGCAUAUGCUCAAGUAUAAGAUUUAUUUCAAAUCCUGGUCGGAGAGGAUAAGGAUAGUUGUCUUUCAGGUUUAUGAAAUGUCAGCGUUGAAAGUUUUGCAGAACCAUGUAGAAAUUAAGAAUCUUUAAGCAUCCUCACUGGAAAGUGUGAGAUACUGUAUGAAGUACCAUGAGAGAUGUGACCUUCAUUGUGAUCCAAAGGUCUUCCUUAAAAGUCAGGUGGAUGUCCAGUAUCUCUGUCUUUUUUCUCUUUUUCUACCGUUGAUAUAGAAUAAAACCAGUAUACAGAGAGUUUGAGUUGUGUGUGUGGCAAGCAAGAUAUGAACAUUGUUUCAGCUAUAGAGGAUGAUUAAUGCAUGGUCAUAAACAUGUAUUCAGUUAUGAAAAACAUUAAUAUCUGUUGAGAAAAGGAAUGGGUAACAUGUGGUAGGUUUUAGUAUUGUCUUCUGUGUAUAAUAUGUGAAGAAUGCAUGUGCUUUGAUAAGGGCAGGAUUUCUGUACGAAAGAGAAUGCAGUAGGGGAAAGUGAUGUUAGACUGUCAUUGAAUGAUUUUGAUAUAAAAAAAUACUAACAGUCCACUAAAGGGUAAUAUUUGUUAUACAAAUAUGACUGCUUUUCACCAUCACAUUUCUCUCAUGGUGCCAAGAAUUACCAUGUGUUGGUGCUGUGUAGAACACAUCCUAAAGUAUUGAGGCUGAAACUGUAACCAAAAUUCCAGUUUAUAGAUGAAGAGAAGGGAAUGCAAAUAAUAUUUCAAGUGUAAGGGAAAUACAGCUUCAACUUUCAGAAGAUACACCUUUAUUUUACAGCAUAACCAAGACAAAACAAAGGUACCACCCAGAAAAUAAUUUCUCAACUACAGCUUAGAUGAUGCAAGCAUUUUUAAUUCAAGGGAUCACUUUUUAUCUUUUAUUCAUGAGUAUGUUUGUGUAUAUCUAUGUAUAUAAAAUAUGUGGAAUCAAAUGUGAUUUUGCAUGUGUAUCAUAACUAUGAGUGAGUGCAUAAAAUCAUACAUAGAACACAAACAAAAACCUUGUGUUUAUGUAUGUGUGUGCUUACAUGUUUUAUAAUUUCAUACUAUCAGUUUUAAAAUUGAGAUCAUAUCAAGAUAUACUGUAACAAUCUUCAGAGCAUAAUGUUCAUAUUAGACAUAAAAACAAACCUCCAUCAUUGGUUACUGGUAAAUUAACACAAAAAGUGGUGAUGAAACUCCAGAUUAAGUUAUUGGAUGUAAUAUAGUACAAUAUCUGUGUAAUUUAAAUAUGUAAAUGAACAGGGAUUUUGCAAUAAGAGUUGAGGUAAGAUCUAUUGUAGAUGACUUGCCUUGAUAUAUAUUUAGUGCAUUCAGUCCAUAGAACUUGGAUUCGUUUUAGGAUGACAUUGAGUGUAUAAAUGCCUGUUAGUGAUACCUUACAUGGUUGUGGGCCCUCUGGCCAACGCAAGGAAACCGUUGUACAUUUAUAAAAACUAGAAUCAUCUGAUGGUACUUGAGUUUUAUAUGGCUUUAUGUACAGAAAUUGUGCAUGGAUUGCAGUACUUAAGGAUAUUGGCAAUUGUUACAAGUAAAAAGCAAGGGCUUCACUCCUGCCACUUACAACUUUUUGUACAGAUGUUCCAAAAUGCCAUAUCAUGUGACAUUC